AUGAAGGCUACCUAUGCCCUUCUCGUCACGGGCCUGGCCUCCCACCAGGUCGCUGCCACUUGGGACUUCUUCGACAACUUCAACACGCCUUACUACAGCAACAACGAGUGUAGUGACAAGCAAAAGGGUGGCUUUAACUGGUCUGAUCUCACCGACGGCGAGUCAGUCUCCGGCUACGGUGACUUCAACUUCUCGGGCGGCUGGAAGUGCUCCAACUCUUUUGGCAAGCGUGACUCGUUGACCAAGCGCACCUUUGGCAGCAAAUGCAUCACCAACACAGUCUCCAAGCAGAAGCCCGCUUCUUUCGGCUGCGAGAAGCGCGGCUUCUCCAUCAGCCACAUGGACGUCUCGGCCCAGUUCGACGCCGAACUCGAGCUGCACUACAAGAUGAAGGAUGGCUCCAUCUGCAAGCAGCGCAGCAGCUGCAGCGCCGGCGGCUCCACUCUGCAGAACACGCAGUGCGGUGGCGCUACGGGCGUCGACAUCUACCUCGGUGGCCAGCAUCAGAGCGGCGACUCGUGCGAGAUUGGCUUCCACAACAUUGGCUUCGACUGCAGCCCCGAGAAGCCGUACACAACUCCCAGCGUGCCUGAUGUUCCCAAGACUACGACUACACCAAAGGUUGAGUCUUCGACUCCCGUUCCCGUCUCGAGCACUCCGUCUGUUUGCAAGGGAGAGGACUGCAAGUCUUAUCCUGUUGAGACUCCUGGUGUUUCUACACCCAAGGCUUCUACUCCCGCCAUCCAAACUCCUGUCAUCUCGACUCCUGCAGCCUCGAAGCCUGCCGUUUCGUCGCCUGUCGUCUCGAAGCCUGUAAUCUCCGCUCCUUAUGCCAACACAACGACCAGCUACCCUGCUCAGGUUCCCUCUUCGGUUCCCUCUUCUGUCGUAAAAUCCGUCUCCAUUCCUCCCACCUCUGAGACUCCUCUCGCUACUACCAGCUCCCGCGCUCCCAGCGCUCCUGCCCCCAGCUCUCCCGCCAGCUCUCCAGCCGGCUCUCUCCCUCCUGUGCCAUCCACGCCCAGCUACCCACCUCUGAACGUCACCGAUGUCGUUCCCAAGUGCUUGAACUCAUGGCUCCAAGUCACUGCUGGUGAAUGCAAGGACAACACCGACUCCAAGUGCUACUGCGUCAAGCCCGAGUUCACACAACAAGUGAUUGACUGUAUUACGGCUCGCUGCCCAAGCGAUGAGGAUGCUGGCACUGCUCUCAAGUACUUCAUUGGUAUCUGCGCUGAGCACGUCCCGAAGAACCCCAUGAUUGUUGGAGGCUGCCCUUCAUACAUUCCUUUGAACCCUCCUUCGUCUCCUCCGGCGGUUUCUUCUACGGCUCCUCCUGCUACCCAGACCAGCUAUGCCGCUGUGCCUCCUACUGGUCAGACGACUCCCCCUGCUAAGCCCCCCACUGGCGGUGCAUCCAACCCUCCUGCCGGUACUCCCUCUGUCCCUGCUGCUGCUUCUAGCACACCUAUUGGACAGACUCCUUACACCGCUGUCACCUACAACGCCACCACCGUCACUGUUCCUCAGGUCCACUUCGCCACUACUCCCCCGGCCCCUGGUAACACCCCGAACCAGCCUGUGGCUCUUGUACCUGGACCUCCACCCUCGGUCCCGGCUUACCCCACCGGCAGCACACCCACUCGUUACCCUACCACCAUGGGCACCAACGUGGCCACUGCCACGUCUCUCCGCCCUUCAUCCCCGGCUCAGUUCAGUGGCAUCGCCUCCCCGCUCACCGUCGUGCCCCAGGGCGCUCUCUUCGGUGCAGUCCUCGCUUUCCUUGCUUUGUGAUAAUAUUUAUUGUAUGGUCUUUGCACCAUCAUUUCUUGGUGUAUACUAGCUUCAUGUCCCCGUGGAAUAUACGACGCACGGCUCAUGUUAGAUGUCGGAAUGUGUGGUAAUACCAGAUGUCUUUUCUUGAAAUGUAGGCAAAGGAGGAACAAAAAAUUUCUAUAUCUUG